UUUAACUGUCAACAUUAUUAACUUCACUAUUAACUGCAAUUUAUAUUUAUUUUAUAAAUUAUACUUUAAUAUCAAAAGUUUAAUAUCUCAGUGCAUACAAACAUCAACUCUUAUACUUAAUUAUUAAUUUUAUUGUAUACAAAAAAUUUAAUAUGCCUGUUGCUUAUAAAAAUAUAAAUGCAUUACAAUCAUUAUUAACAGAUUUAUCAAAUUAUUAUCAGUAUAGUCCGGACUCAGCGAUGGUUACAGUAAAUAGUCCUUACCAAAGUUCGACAGCAUCUCCGUCAGUAGAAAAUAUGGAAUCACCUUUGUCUACAGUCUCUCCUCUGAGAGAAGAGGAUAAUUUUACAAUUAAUAUUAAUGAAAAUUUUAUGUUUGACAGUAAUAUAGAAAUGGAAUUAGGUAUUCCAGAACUUGUUAUUCUCGAACAGCCGAUAGACAAAUUUCGAUUUAGAUACAAAUCCGAAAUGAUGGGUACGCAUGGUAGUCUUGCUAGUGCAAACUCUACAACUAGACGAAAAAAAAAUGCUCCUACAGUACAGCUCCGAAAUUUUUCUGGAACUGCAAUAAUACGUUGCAUAAUAGUCACAAAAAAUGAAGAGAAGAGAAUACAACAUGCUCAUCAUCUUGUAAAAAGAGAAGGUAACAGUGAGACUGAUCGUCCUUAUGAAGUUCCAGUUGGCCCGGAAAAUGAUUGGACUGCGACGUUUCAUGGAAUGGGCAUUAUUCAUACGGCUAAAAAACACAUUAAAGAUGAAUUAAUUAAAAAAUUGAAAGCAGAGGCUCUUGAACGAAAUCGACGCACAGAUCCCACUAUAACUACUCUAAAUGUUCGAGAAGAAACGAAAAUUAAAAUGGAUGCAGAGAGUGCUCAAAAAUGGAUGGAUUUGAACAGUGUUGCAUUAUCUUUCCAAGCAUUUGUUCUAAAUGAUAAUGGAGUUAUGACACCUCUUACUGAACCAGUUUAUUCUUGUACAAUUAAUAACCUAAAAAGUGCCUUAACGGGAGAAUUAAAAAUCUGUCGUAUUGAUAAAUAUGUUAGCAGUUGUGAUGGUAAUGAAGAAGUAUUUUUACUUGUUGAAAAAGUUGGCAAGAAAAAUAUAAAAGUAAAAUUUUUUGAAGUAGAUUCUAAAAAUAAUGAAAUCUGGUCUGCAUAUGGCCGUUUUUCUGAGCUUGAUGUUCAUCAUCAAUAUGCUAUAGUAUUCCGUACACCGCCGUAUAAAGAUCGUGAAAUAACAUCCCCACGAGAAGUAUUAAUUCAAUUGGAACGUCCAACGGAUGGUGAUUGCUCUGAACCAAUGAAAUUUACGUAUAAACCAUCGGAUAGUAUUUUAACCAGAAAACGACCGAGAAUGUCUUAUUCUGAAAGUUUUGAUUUUGGUGAUUCAAUUCUUCCUGAUACGACAAUGUCUAAAAAUGUAUUUGCUAUGUCAUCAGACAACCCAACACCCAGUGAUUUAUCAGCAGAACUUAAAAAACUUGCCUCAGAAAAAUUACCUUCUGAUGAUUACCGCGACUUCCUAGAAAAUAUAGAUCUUGGAGAAUACAUAGAGCUGGCAAAAAAAGAUAGUUAUGAUGACAGUAAUGAUGGAGAUUUGUGUACCGAUGGUAAAAAAUAUAUUGAUAAUUUAGAUGGACCUAAUUAUGCGAUGAAUGUAUUAAAAGAAGCACUUAAGCAAGAUAAAGACAGUAACGACGUUAGAAAAUGUUUAAAAAAACUAUUGGUAGAACGUACAUUGUAUGGAGAUACCCCGCUUCAUUCUGCUCUUCGUCAUGGUAAACGUGAAAUAGUUAAACAAAUUUUAAAAAUUAUGAGCAGUGCACCAGAAUUCAAUAGUCUCAUUGAUAUGCAGAAUGCUGCUGAUAAAACCCCAUUACAUUACGCCGUUAUGCUCAAUCAACCGGAUAUUGUGCGUACUUUAUUAUCACUUGGAGCCAAUCCAAAUACCAGUGAUAAUCAUGGUUCGUAUCCACUUCAUGAAGCUGUUAAAAGACCACAAUCUUGGGAAUGUGUUGAUGCACUUUUAGAGGCAAAAGCUGAUUUUAAUGUAAGAGAUGACACGGGUUGGACUCCACUUCAAUUAGCUGCUGAAAAUGGUUCCUUACGAGCUAUUGAUUCUCUUAUUAAAGCUGGUGAUGAUGUCAAUAGUACUGAAAGAUCUUUUGGACGAACAGCUUUACAUAUUGCCGUUGAAGGUGGACAUAUUGAAGUCGUUAAAUAUCUUUUAGAGAAGACUAAAAUUGAUGUGGAUAAACCUAAUCUUGGUGGAAAUACAGCACUUCAUUCAGCAGUGGUAAAUACUGGAUCUAGAGCUAAAGAAUUGUGUGCAAUUCUUAUAAAACAUAAUGCUAAUCCCAAUAUACCAAAUGGGCAUAGUCAUAUUUAUGAUAAUGACGAUAAUGAUGAAAGAGAAACACAAAGUCGUUUACAUGAGCCAGAAAUUAAUCUUUUAAAUAAAGAAACGAGGAUUAAACAAGAAAUCGAAGAUGAUGAUCCAUCUCAUGGCCAAACAUCCUUUGAUUUAGCUUAUGACAACGAGGAGAUAAGAAACCUGUUAAAUGGAACAGAUAGAGAGAAAAGGAAUAAUACAUCAGCGCAUAAUAUUAAAGAAGAAGAAGAAGAAGAAGAAGGAGGUGAGGAAGAAGAAGAAGAUGAACCAGAGGAAGAAGAGACAACAGAAACAUCUGAUAUAGAAAAAGAAAAAGAAACAAUCACUGAAUGGUUAGAUGUUGAUCAAAUGGCUAGACUUGGGAAUAUAUUAGACAAAAAUGAUGGAUGGAAACCUCUUGCCAAAAAUUUGGGUUGUGAUUAUCUAUGGUCUUCAUUAGAUACACGUGGAGCCAGUCCAGCAUUAGCUAUUCUUAGUUACGCUGAUGUCCAAGGAAAUCUCACAAUGCCAAAACUUUUAAAUUUGUUACAUCAAAUGAAACAAACAGAAGCAGCAACAUUUAUUGAAGAUAUAAUCAAUAAUCAUAAUCGUAGUCAUUGUUAAUUAUACAUAUUUAUUGUCACAUCAUGAUUUUAAUUAUUAUUUUUAUACAAAGAAUUGAUAUAUUGAAAUGUUUCCAUUAUACUUAUUGUAAUUUUUAUUACAAAGAUUAAAACAAUCAAAGUACUCAAUAAAUUUAUUUCAGUAAAAAAAAA